AGUAUGGGAGAAGUAUAUAGAAGUUAAAAUUAAAUGUGUUGGUUUUUUUUUUUAAAAGGAGAUCAUGAAUCAGACGGAUAAAAAUCAAGAAAUCCCAUCAUACCUUAGUGAUGAGCCACCAGAAGGUUCAAUGAAAGACCACCCACAACAGCAGCCAGGCAUGUUGUCCCGAAUGACUGGGGGUAUCUUCAGUGUAACAAAGGGAGCAGUUGGUGCAACCAUUGGCGGAGUGGCUUGGAUUGGUGGAAAGAGUCUGGAAGUUACCAAAACAGCUGUUACAACUGUGCCUUCCAUGGGAUUAGGGCUGGUGAAAGGAGGUGUUUCUGCUGUGGCUGGAGGUGUUACAGCUGUUGGGUCUGCUGUUGUGAACAAAGUGCCCUUAACAGGAAAGAAGAAAGACAAAUCCGACUAAAAUAAGGAGAUACAUUUGUUCUUCAGAGCAUUAUGAUGCCAGUGGCAUUGAAUUGCUAAGUUAUGGACAUAGCCAAGUCACCAGUUCUGGACCUUUAUCUUCUAAACUGCUGUGUUGAAAGUAUUGAUGACUUUCAUCUAAAAAGAAGAGACCAAUACUAGCACAGUGUAUGAAGGUUUCUUGUACUUAAAUUCCAGCUUUUUAUCUGGUAAAAACUUACAUUCAGUUGUAACUGAAGAUACAGCAUAUUUGAAUAUUUACUCUAAGUCUUUCAGUUUUAAAAAUGUGAAAGUUGAAUUUUAGUGGAUUAUCUUUAUAGUUCCUUAUGUAUAAUGUGCCAGGUCAUCUACCCCUUAAGAAGGGAACCUUGAACUACAUAAACUGUACCUUUGAUGUGCCUAAUAGUUUCAUAAGUCCUAGUUUUUUUUUUAUAACCAUAGUUAUUUAGGCUGAGUUUUAUUGUUAUUUAAUUGGUAAUAUAGCAAGAAUUAGGGAAGUUUAAAGAUAAAUGGUUAUAUGAUACCGAGUGUUAACCAUUUUUUGUUAGAUAUGCAUUGUAUUAAUCAUUGUUGCCUUACAAAAGAAAAUGUCUUUUCUGAUACCCUAAGUACGUGCAGUUCUUGAAUUUAUAUAGAUUCUUUUAAAGGUUGUUUUGUUUUCUCUCUUAAGAAUCUCAGGAGUUGUGGGAUGUAGGCUUUUCUUGCUCUCAGCAGAUAAAAUAGUGUUUAUUAACUGUUAGCAGUCAUUUAGCAGUCAUUAUCAAAUUAUACACUUCAAUCUGAGUUUAUUAAAGCUCCAUUGUUAAUACACCUCAUAGUGCCUACAGAACAUUGCUGGUCAGAAGCUAUAGUGAAGAAGUUUUUGAUGAAGAAGGAAUAAUUAAUUUUUAGUUAUUAAAAAUUACCUAAGGCAUCCAAGAAAUAAAAACAUUUCAUACCUAUUUUAUCCCUAGUGUAAAAUCAGCUUUACUAACACACAUACUUUUAUGUAUGUGUGUGGGAAGCUCCCAAGCAGGGCUCAGGGGGCUGAAAGCCACUCCAACAACACUCAAGCUUAUGUGAGUCAAUCAUUUAGUGCUAGAGCCCAGUAUACCAGAGCAACCAGCACCACACUUAGCAGUGGUAAGGGAGCCAUGAGGUGCCAAGGAUUGCACUCAGUGCUUUGUGUAUACAGUCAUGUGCUCUAGUCUCUUGUGCUAUCUCCCUAGUCUUAGCAGUAUGUACUUUUAGAAAGUAACCACAAAUAUAUGGGAGCUGAUUGAAAGGAAAUAAAAUGGGCUCCAGUGAUAGUUUUGAACAUUUUAUAUUUAUUCAUUGUGUGCGCGCUUUCAUUGGUUUAUCUAGGCAUUUAAAAUUAUUCAGUCUUUUAAAGACUGAAAUAUUUUUAGUACUAUUUUUCAGGUCAACUUUAGGCAGGGAAUUUAAGUUUUUGAUUGCAGAGAAGUGUGUCAUGUGGUAACAUGUUUUAUCAUGUAUCGAUUCACCCUCAUAGAAUAUUACUUAGCUGGAAUUAAUAUUUUUUGUCUCAUGCUCAGUUUCAUAAAAACUGAAUCCCAGUUUUGGGACUGGAAAGAUAGUUCAGGGGUUAAAAUACUUGCUUUGCAUACAACUGACCCUUGUUGGACCCCCAUUAUCACACAAGGUCCCUGAGUAGUACUAGAGGUCACUCCUAAGCAUAGAGGCAGAAAUAGCCCCUGAGCACAGCUGGGUGUGAUCUAAAUUCCCCUUUUCCCUCUUUGAAAAAUAUAACGUGGCAUAUAUGAAGGUACAAUCCAAGCCUAAAAAUGUUGCUUAUACUAAAAUCUGGAAAUUUGCUUCAAAUUUGCAAACUUUUUUUUUCUUUUGGCUUGGGAGGGGAGCAAAGGAGGUAAUGCACUGGAUUACAUAAAUCAGAACAUAUACAUUAGAACUUACAAGUUAACUACAACAUCCAAAGCAUGAAGAGUUUUACAGUAAUGGGUCUCAACAAUAGGAGACUGUAACGAUUCUAAAAGCUUUCAUAAAUACCAGCAGGGAUUUUAAACAAAUCUAGAGGUUCUUGGACCUUUCUACUGUAUGUAUACAAAACUGAAGUCAGGAAGUUCAUCAGAAAUGUAAUGGAUGUUUAUUUCAUGCAGUAUGACUGAAGGUAUAUUUAUUUGUUGGUAUAUAUGGUUAAAUGUCAUAUUACUAAAGGGGAUCUUUAAAAAAGUACAAAAUUAUUGAACACUAAAUAAUGAUAUAAAUAUUGGUAUUGGAGAACUUGUUUCCUGCUAUUUGAAAAUAGUUGCUUUAUUGCUAGUUACUAUUUCUAAUUUAUCUUCUAUAGUCAUAGGUUCAACUUUGUACCAAAUUUUCUAAAUAUAGAUUUUAGAUUACUGUG